AUGAUGUCGUCAAGCAGCUCAAGCAGCCCCGGCACCGAACCCGCCAAAGAGAGCUUACCGAUACCCACCGAGCCAGAUCUUCCCCCAGAGGGAGGUGUUCGAGGAUGGAUUUGCGUGGUUGGAGCUUUUAUUUGCCUUUUCUGCACUUUCGGUUUUCUGAAUGCGAUUGGUGUCUUCCAAACACAUUACGAACAGAAUUCCCUUCGCAAUUAUAGCUCUUCCGAUAUCUCAUGGAUCUUUGCCGUUCAGCUAUGCCUGAUGUGGGCUCUAGGUCCGCUCUACGGACGUCUCCUCGAUACCUUCGGGCCAGCCCCAGUGCUCUACCCAUGCAGUGUGCUAUGUGUGUUUGCUUUAUGUAUGACUAGCCUGGCAGACAAGUACUAUCAGAUCUUCCUCGCACAAGGCCUUGGUUUUGGAAUCGGCGCCGGAGGAGUCUUUACAGCCGCUAUGGUUUGUGUUGGCCAAUGGUUUGUCAAGAGACGAGGACUGGCUCUCGGUAUUGCGGUGUGUGGGUCAAGUACCGGUGGUGUUAUUUUCCCCAUUUUCUUGAACAAAAUGGUUGGCGAUGUGGGCUUUUACGGCACAGUUCGGUGGGGACUCUGGGGUCCAUUCGACUACCUCCCUAGCAUGGCUCAAGAAGAGGCAAAGUUCUCUCCCAACCUAGCUUUGUAUUUGAUCUCAAUCAUCAAUGCUGCCUCAAUUCCCGGCCGCAUUAUCCCUCCGCAUAUUGCCGAUCAUAUCGGCCAUUUCAAUGUAAUCACCACCUGCGCAUUUUUGACAGCAAUCUCAAUGUUCUUUCUGUGGUUGCCCUUCCACUAUCACCCCUCGCAUGCGGGGCUUAUUGUUUUUGCGCUGGCUUAUGGGUUCGUGACGGGUGCCGUUGUCUCGCUACUCAUGCCCUGCCUCGCAAAGUCAGGAAAACUGGAAACAUUGGGCGUCCGAUUUGGAACUUUCCAAAUGGUGGUUGCUCUCGGAUCUCUUACUGGUCUCCCUAUCAUGGGUGCCAUCCUGAACCAACAGGGCGGGAAGAGCUUCGCUGGUCUGGAGAUAUUUGCUGCUGUAUCUGCGCUACUCGGUACAAGCUUCUUCGCGCUGUCGACAUAUCAAAUGGCUCGCUCCCGAGGAACCUGGCGAGUCUGA